UUUUUUUUCGUGCCUUUUAAGAGAGACGGGACACCUAAAAAUGGACUUCAACAUUAAACUUAAGUUUAAAUCCCAAAGAAGCACGUACACUGGGGAUUUACAUAAUGCAAAACGAACGCUAAACGCAGUUUAGGCUAAGUGUAAUAUUUUGCCUCUUUGACGUUGUAUUUUUAAGUGUAAAUUUGUAGUAUACCAUUAUAAUUUUAAUCAUUAAAUUCUUAGGGUAACGCAUAAAGUCAUAAAACUUCGGAAAAGCAUUAAUUAUAUUGGGGCACCAGCAUGCGAGACUGAGUGCGGCGGGAUGGCAUCGGCUGUUUUUGAAGGCACGUCGCUGGUGAACAUGUUCGUGAAGGACUGCUGGGUUAACGGCAUCCGGCGCCUGGUCGUCAGCCAGCGGGGCGAGGAGGACUUCUUCGAGAUCAGGACGGAGUGGUCGGACAGGAGCGUCUUCUAUCUACACCGCAGUUACUCGGACUUGGGGCGGCUCUUUAAGAGGCUCGUGGAAUCCUUCCCGGAGGACAGAGGGGAUCUGUCUCAAUCUCCGCUCAUAGACGGACUCGUGAAGAUUAAAGAGGCUGGUGAGAUUGAAGCCAGGCUAAAUGAGGUGGAGAGACUGCUGAAGACCACCAUCCACAUGCCCUGCAAGUAUUCCAGGUCUGAGGUGGUGCUUACUUUCUUUGAGAGAUCUCCGUUAGACCAGGUGUUGAGGAACGACAAUGUCUACAAGAUCCAGCCAUGUUUUCAGAGCCCAGUCAAAAUAUCCGAGAUCAUGAGAUCCAAUGGAUUCUGCCUGGCAAACACUGAGAGCAUUGUGUUCGAUCAGAGUCAGCCUCAUGAUGAAGACCAGCCUCAUGACGAAGACCGCCCUCCUUCCACAGACCCGGCACAGCAUCUGUUUGAGAACAGCGAUGACUUCCUGACAGUGGAGCCCGAUGACAUUCAUGAUGACCCCGAGGUCUAUGUCACAAACCUGUCCUACUACCACCUGGUGCCCUUUGAGACUGACAUCUUGGAGUGAUGCAAGGUUCCUCCAGCUCACUCUGUCCACCCCUGGCUUGGCUGGACGGUCAGCUGCCCCUACAACGCCCUGCGUCUGGUCUCCUGUGCUUCAGGACGAUUCGGGUGAUCCUGGGCUGGGUUCUGGGGUCAAUGGGGGCUGACGCAGCAUAUCUGGCCAACCUGGUUCUCCUUUCCUGGCCUUUGGGGUGGAUUUUCUAGAGAAUCAAGCUUUAUUUAGUUGUGAUAUUUAGAUUAAUACCAGCAUACAGUAUCCAUGUCGUUGUACCGGGUGUAGCUGAGGACAGCGCCAGGAUUAAACCACUUCUGCCGGUUUGGGAUGAGCGUGACCUCUGGUGAAAAGACCCUCCAGGACCUCAGAUGAGCUUGAGCCACAGGGAGAAAUUGCUCCUAGAAACAAUAGCCAAAGUUUCCUCAAGACUUUCCAGUUGCACGAGUUCCUCCUCUCAGGAACGGAAAUCUUCACCACCCAUCGGCUGAUGUUUCCUGCUGAUGCCUGACGGGACAAUCAGAAGCUAUCACGUGAUCUGUGAUCUGUGAAUUCUACCUGUUAUCAGGAGUCGUCCUCAUUCCUCUGUGUAUGUGUGUUGCCAAAAUGGUUCUUGUGGUGUUAACAUGAAUGAUGCACAUUAUAUUGGACGAAAGGGCUUAACUUACAAUCUGUGAACGUAAACAUAUUUCCGUAGGAUCGAUCCAGUUCUUACUAAUGACUUCUUAACAGAGUCCAGUAGGUCAGGUGUUCGGUGUGACCCAGCGAUGGCAGAGGCUUGUUCGGCUGGCCAGCCUGACUCAGUGCCUCAGUGGCGCCAUCAGCUGUCUGCUGAGCAGCAUUUGCAUGUUGCAUCCAUUUUUGACAGCUGGCACAGAGUCUUGGCACGUAAGUCUGCAGUAGCUAAUCCAUGUCAGAUGGUCUUUUCCAGGAUAUGAACUUUGCUCUGCUUUGCUAUGUAAACUACAAUUGGAACAUUGUAGUGUUAAUAAGGCUACAAUAGAAAUGAACAGGAAUUAAAAAUGGUUUUGUUAAUUACACCUUCGGAUUGUAGGUAUAUAUUCUGUUCACGCUGUCUUACUAAAGGGAGAACCUCCGACACAAACUUAGCAGACAAUUCAGUCUUAGAAGUUGUUUCAGUAUUAGAGUUAUGCGCCGCAUAAUGACCAUGGUGUCAUACGAUUAUACUGUAACGGAGCAGCACAGUUCCUGUCGCUUACUGAUUUGUGGUAAUGCAGGUGUUAACCAUUUGUAUAAAAGUAUAGCACAUAUAAUUAUGUACAGUAUGUAAUACUUGAUAAAUAAUUGUGUUCCUAGUUAUAAAAGUUUAUUGUAGCCUCGGUGUGUACGUAA